AUAUAUAUAAGUAAAAGCUUAAGGAAGGUCUCUUUUAACUCCAUCCCCACCGUUUCUUUUGCUUAAACCACCACACAAAAAGCCUUUGAUCUUCUCUCCUUCCUUCACCCAUUCUCUCUACAGCAGGUUUUUAAAGAUGGAUAUUUUCGACAACUCUGAUCUCGAGUACCUCGUUGAUGACUUCCACGCUGAUUUCGACGAUGAUGAACCACCCUUUGGAGAGGUAGUUGUCACGAGUGAUUCUGAUUCUGAUUCUGAUUCUGAUUACAUGGACUCCGAUUUCGAGCUGACGCAGAGUAAGUUGAACAAUGAUACGUCAGCGUUAGAAGCUAGGAAUGGAAAAGAUAUUCAAGGGAUUCCAUGGGAGAGGCUGAAUUACACUAGAGAUAGAUACCGUGAGAAUAGAUUGCUACAAUAUAAAAACUUUGAGAGCCUCCAUCGAUCACGACUACACCUUGAUAAGGAAUGCUUGCAAGUAGAGAAAGGGAAAAACUUUUAUGGCUUUCAGUUCAACACAAGGCUUGUCAAGUCCACUAUUGCACAUUUUCAGAUAAAUCUUCAAGGGUGCUUAAAUUUAAACCUGCUCGUUCCUAAAUUCUCUAUAUAUAAUAGUUUAGAUUCGAUAUUUACUCAGGUACAAUAAUGCUGUGUAAGGUUCUAACUUAUUCAAAAAAAAGUGUCAUUAUCUGUGUCUGGGAUGGUCUAAGCAGAGUUGAUAAAUCUAACUCUAACUGGUCGAGGCAACUCUUUAACAUUUCUCAUAGAGCUUCAUACGCCUAGAAAUUAUAGUCACAGAGUGUAUUAAGAUUCCCUUGCUCAGUGUCCAUUGUUAGACCAUCGGGAACUGUAUAGAAAGACUUGUCGCUAACUCUGCUGCAUUUGAGAAACAAUUACUAUAUAUGCCUUAACCUUUCUUAAACAGGUUGGGAGAGCAGCUGGCGCCUUAAGGAAACCUUUGUUAAUAUGGUAUGGUAGGAAUUUUUUGGCACAUCUACAAGGACUCUCUAACUUUGUCAUCCUUCUUUCUUGCAGAGAAUCAUUUUGUUUCAGCUUAAUCACAUAUUUCUGCAUUUCUACGAGUGCUUCAGUGUGAUUUGCAUUUCUCUUAUUUUUGUUCCUGUGCACAGUUGAUUCAUAGGUCUCUUCUCUAAACCAUUAAUCAAAAAAAAUUGACAUUAUAGAUAUUAGUUUUGAAGUUCAUAUUUGAUAACUUAAACGGUUGCUUUGUUUCCUUCUUGGUUUGUGUUUUGUGUGAAAACUUGCAUGUUCUCUUCUUUAUUUCUUCUGUCUAAGAUGACCAGUGGUGUCUUAUGUGAGAUUCCUAAUCUCGAUUGUCACAUUUU